AUGAUAAUCUAUUUACCACGUGUUUUAUCUAGUAUCUACCUGAAAUUAAAUCAUCGACAUCGACGAGCAAAAACCAUUAUUGAACGAUAUCUUUGCCGAAUGAUUGAACAAGAGUUAUCCGAAAGUCCAGAAUCAAUAUCACAACGAAAGAGAACGUGUUUGAUCGCUUCACUUGUUGCUUCACUUCAAAAAGAUGAAAAAGCAGAGGCAAUGAAAAGUGAAGAAGAAAAAAAAGCUGGUUAUGAGACAACAUCGACUGCUCUAGCCUGGUUUAUAUAUCUGAUGAGUAAACAUCCACAAGUACAACAAAAGAUCAAAGCAGAACUGAUGAAUGAUAGUGAAAAACAAGUUUGGUCUGUCGAACGUCUCGAUUCGUUAGUUUAUUUGGAUUGUGUUGUUAACGAAGUACUUCGUUUUUGUCCACUGAUCAAUGGCACGCUUCGAACACUGACAACCGAUGAUCGUUUACCACAGAGUGGUGUUCAACUAUUCAAAGGUGAUUCAGUGCUUAUUCCUUUUCAUACUCUUGCAAGAGAUACUCGACAGUGGUCAAUCGAUCCUGAACUCUUUUGUCCAGAGAGAUUUCUGCAUGUGGACAAAGACCAUCAUCCAUAUGCUCUGAUCCCAUUCGGGAGUGGGCAUCGCCAGUGUGUGGGCCAAGAUCUAGCUCGAUUUGAAUUGAAAGUAAUUGCAGCACGGUUAAUGCAAUAUGUGACAUUUGGUGAUGGUGGUUCUAAAGUGAAUGCAGGUGGGCAUUUUUCACGAAUCACAAUAAUGCCGAAACAUAUUGGUGUUACCAUCGAGUUUGAUCAAUGA